AUGGCCGCAGCAGAUGGCAAUGAUGUGAUUGACAAUGAGCCAGGUGAAGAAGAAGAACCAGAAGCAAACGAAGAGAACGACGAUCGACCACCGAACAGAAACAGAGGCUCACGCACAAGAGUGACUCAUGCCGAGUUCUACAGUUCGCGCAUGUCAGUUCGCGGUGAUUUCAAUAACGUUUUGGCUGGGGGUGCCGUCACUCAGAUGUAUUUUGUCGAUUCUUACGUCAAGGUCGAGGGGGAACGCCUAGAUUGGCUCAGACGAAACCAGGCAGAGCUGCAUGUUGAGCGCUACUAUGGACUGAUGGAUUACAUCAACAAUCGAGCGGAGAGAGCAAAUUUGGAAGUUGGCUCGAUGUUCAUUCUCCCUUCGUCUUUUAUUGGCAGUCCUCGAGUCAUGAAACAAAAUUACCCAGACGCUAUGGCAAUUUGUGGAAAAUUUGGCAAACCGACUUUAUUUGUGACGUUUACCUGCAAUCCCAAGUGGAGGGAAAUUGUUGCUAAUAUCCCAAACUACUUGACGGCUUUAGAUCGUCCCGAUAUGAUCGCGAGAGUAUUCCACUUGAAGAAGAAAGAGUUGGUCGACGACAUCGAGAAAAAGCAAGUAUUGGGUUUCACCGCGGCCAGAUUCGAAGUCAUCGAAUUUCAGAAACGCGGACUGCCUCAUUGCCACAUGCUGGUGUGGGUCGACAGCCGCGACGCUCCUUCGACACCAGAGGAUAUGGAUAAGACCAUCUGCGCUGGAAUUCCCGACAAGACACUCUAUCCAAGACUUUACGACUCUGUUAUGGCUCACAUGAUUCACGGUCCGUGUGGAGCCAUCAACAAAACUCACCCUGCAUGGAUAAAGAGGGCUGCUAAGAAGAAACACUGGUGUUGUGCAUCGUUUGAAAAGGGGGAACUCUUUUCUCACUUUGAAGUGGACAACCGAUGGGUUGUUCCUUAUAACCCUUGGUUGCUACUGAAAUAUGAUUGUCACAUCAACAUCGAGUAUUAUUCCAAUAUGACAACUGUCAAGUACAUCUUCAACGCGCCAGAAGCUACCCAUAGAAUCUUCAAGUUUCCUCUCAGCGAUCGUUCUGAUACCAUCACCCGACUAGCCGUGCAUCUGCCUCUUGAACAGUCCGUCUUUUUCCAACCGGACAACGAGGAACAAGCAGUCAUCAAUGCCGCGACCAAGGAAACGACGUUAACUGCUUGGUUCAUCUUGAAUCGGGAUAAUGAAGAAGCGAGACAGUCGGGUGGUCGUAAUUAUUGGAAACCUCGAAGACGAAAUAUUAAAAUCAUAGGCCGCUUAUAUACCGUGGGCGUCCGUCAAGUUGAGCGAUACUGCCUUCGCUUGCUCCUCAUCAACGUCAGAGGAUCAAUCAGCUUUGAAGAUAUCCGCACGGUCAACAGUGUCCUUCUACCGACGUUUAAAUCAGCCGCUUCUGCUUUGAAUUUGCUGGAGGACGACAGUGUUUGGGAGAAGACUUUGGACGAUGCCACCGCUUUUGAAAUGCCGGAGCGAUUGAGACAGCUCUUUGUCGAUGUCUGCCUCUUAUGCAAUCCCAACGACGCUCUUCAUCUCUUUGAUCGGUCUCUGCCCCACCUCAUGGAAGAUUUCAUUCGAACUGGUAACGAUGCGGAAGUCGCCAAAAACUUGACUUUGAAAUGGAUUCAAGACAAGUUGAUUCUCCACAAUAGACAAAUGGAAGAACUAUCUUUGCCUGUUCCUGACUUUCAGCUUAUUCGCCAGAUUAUUGAAGCUCAACCUUAA